AUGAUCCCCGCUUUGCACCCACCUGCCGCAAUCGCAAAACUUCGCGCCUCUGACCCCUCCUACAACAUUCUCAUCGGCUCGGCACAGCCUGAGUGUGCGAAAAUGAUGAGCGCGGCGUCUUUUCUGUCCCCACUGGGUGAGCGCCCGCCGCAGUACCGCACGCCGUCCCCUCCGCGACGCGCUGUCGAGCCCAUCACACCGUCCACCGCAGAAUUUCGAGCAUCAAGGAUUGAGCGCGUCGUCGGUCGGGCUACCAGCCUUGAUCGCGACCAGGCCCCAUUUAAUCCCAGUCAGAGUGUGACUACCGAUGGGAAUUCGCAUUAUCGGUCGGGUCACGGCCGGUCGAGCUCGACCAUUGAUACCCUCGCGACGAUCGCCCUUGCAACCAGCCCUACCUUUGCACCACUUCCCAGUCUCCCACCAUCUCCUUCAUCCCGAUUAAACAAGCCCUUAUUCCCCCUCGGGAUUGUCAACCACGAACGGGCCGCAAAACGCUCUCGUUCGGAGCGGAUCCCGUCGCCGCAACGGUCUCAGGACGCACUCUCGAACGCAACCCACCCGAAUAUCCUGGAGAGUAUGACAACCGACGCAGAGCUUUUGCUCAAUUUUGCCCGACCUGCGAAUUUUCAACCCGGCCACACCAAGCGAGUCAGCAUUGACGAAACUCACUACCACUAUGGAAGUGAUGGAAUGCGGCAUAAUCGCGUGGGCUUCGCCAGUGGAAGCUAUGGUGGAUCGGAUGAUGUGAAAUCUGCUCAUCACCCAGAUGACCAUGGUCCGUCGCGCAUGAGAUCCCAAUCGGAUGGGUCGACUUUUCUUUCACGCCCUGUGAUCAACGGUAUACGCCCAACAACCAGCGCGGGAACAUUACCUCCCAUUGUAUGGGAGGACGAAAUUGAGAAUAGCCUCUGGACUUCAUCAACGGAAAGACCUCGCUGUGCUGAAUACGAGGACCAUCGACCUGCCGCUGCUCAAUCCCAUGUGUUCCAGAAGUCACUUGAUUCUACUCCGAAAGUCGAAGAGCAAGAAAGUGAUUCGAACCAGGCAAGCUGCGCCGCAUGCCAUCUUGUGAGGAUCCCUGUCGAAACUGAGGAGCAGGACGAAGACACGUGGAUUGGUUGCGAUGGAUGCAAGCGCUGGUUUCAUAUCGUUUGUGCCGGGUUCAAAAACGACCGAGAGAUCCGCACUGUCGACAAAUUCAUCUGCCGCGACUGUCGGCCACUCCAUGGCCAGACUACAUUUGUGCGGAAGUCCUCACGCGCCCGUACGGCAAUUGACUAUGCCGGUCUCAACCAAGGUCUUGUCAAGGCGGCUACAGAUUCUUUAGAACACCACUAUUUGGAACCCAUUCGCCAAGGCAGAAUCCAAUUCACUCCAGAGAACUUUCCUCGAAUGAAACCAGAGUUAGUCACGGCCGAAUACUUUGAGCGUGGCAAUGGAUGGACAGAGCCGGUUGUGAUUCCUGCUUGCUGGAACAACCGUGAACCAGUUCCUGAGGUUGAUGUGGAUUUUGAAGAUCUUGUGAAAGAGGCUUCAUCACAAGAAAUGUUUGAUGACUUACUCGACCAUGUUUCAGAACAAGAAACAGAUCUCCGGGAAACAGUCGACUGUGGUCAGGACCAGCUGGACAUGGUCAUCCCGCAGGGACUCACCGUCCGGGCCGUAGCUGAGCUGUAUGGCCCGGAAGAGAAAGUGGAAGUAAUCGACGUCAAAUCACAACAAGGCGAGGACAAGAGGUGGAACAUGCAGAAGUGGGCAGAUUAUUAUGAAAGCAACGAACCCAACAAGGUCGUCCGGAACGUCAUCAGUCUUGAAGUGUCUCAAAGUAAGUUGGGCAGGCUCAUCAAGCGGCCCAAAGUUGUCCGUGACUUGGAUCUGCAAGACGCUGUGUGGCCCGAGGAGCUCAAGGCUAUUGGCGAUUUCCCAAAGGUACAAUUUUAUUGCUUGAUGUCGGUCGCUGAUUGCUACACCGAUUUUCACAUUGAUUUUGGCGGCUCCUCAGUGUACUACCACAUCCUCAAGGGCAAGAAGACUUUCUUCUUCAUCCCUCCGAAAGACAAGCACUUGAAGAAGUAUGAGGAAUGGUGCAACUCUCCAGCCCAAGACUCUAUAUUCCUCGGCAACCAGACCAAGGAGUGCUAUCGCGUGGAUCUUUCAGAAGGAGACACCAUGUUGAUUCCUUCAGGGUGGAUUCAUGCUGUGUGGACUCCAGAGAACAGCUUGGUGAUUGGCGGCAAUUUCCUGACAAGAAUGAACUAUGGCAUGCAGAUCAAAGUGCUCAACAUUGAGAAGGAGACCAAAGUUCCCAGGAAGUUCAGAUAUCCAUUCUUCCAGAAGAUCCAGUGGUAUACCGCCUUGAGGUACUUGGAGGAUGACCCCAUUCCCCCAAAUGUGCUGGAGGCUUUUGCUCAAGACGACAACUACCGAUUCCAUCGACACUACCCUAUCUACUAUGAGUUUGGGGAUCGCACCAACCAGGAGCCUGUGGGCUCUCCGUACUUUAAUGCCCGGUUCUAUUCUCAGGCCGAGCUUGAAGGCUUGCCGGAGUUGGCAAAGUAUCUUUUGCGGACAGCUCUGAUUGCAGGCUCCUAUCUUGUCGACGGUGUGACGGUUGAUGCGCGGAACGCGGUCAGACGUUCGAUACCAAAGUCCAUUGCGGAUCCAAUUGAGAUGAUCAGAAAGUUUGGUAUUUGGGUGGCAUGGAAGCGCGGGAAUGAGAAAGCGCCUCAGUGGACUUACCCCGGCGUCAUUGAAAGCAACCCCAAAGUAUCGCUCAACGAGAAGAAAGCUGCCGGGAGGCCCAGUCGCCGGUCCGAACGCAACGUGGACAGUCAGCGUACCUAUGCCGAAAGACAAGCAGUCCAACGACCUUCGGAGGAUUUCAUUGCAACGCCUUUGCCCCCGAUCAGCAGCGUCAUUUACGAGCCAUCCGAAAGUGAAACUCCAGGACCAGUCGGGUUUCUUCCAGACAUUGCUACGCAAGAGAUUUCUGCACCCAAGCCGCGACCUGUUCAGCGUGGGUCCGGACUUGGACCAAAGCGUGUUGCUUGUGAUGCAUGUCGCCGUCGACGUAUUCGAUGCCGCCACAAGGACGAGCCGAACGAUAUGAUUCUGGGCCGACAGAUGACAGUUAACGGCUUUGGAUCGGCAUCAGGUGUGAGCACACCUUCCUCUUUGGCCCAGGACGCCGUUUCCGCGCUCAACUCUCUGGCAGCGAUUGCUUCCCAGGCCGGUUUCCAAAGCAACGUUGUUGCCGGUGGCUCGGAUCAAUUCGAGGGAUCGGGCAUGUUUCAAUCGGCAGUCAUGGGAACCCCUACAGCGGCUGCCAAUCGCCUUGGCGAUCUCAGCCCUGACGGAGCCGGCGGCAAAAAAGGACGAAGUAAAGCGUGUGAUGACUGUCGAAAGAGCAAACGCCGUUGCAUACAUGACGAAUAUGGCAGAAUUGACCCCGUGAAGGCUCAAGAGCGCUCGAAACCUCGAGGCACUGCUUCCGCCAAACGACCGCGGCCGAAUGAGGAAGAUGGUGCGCCUUCUUCCAGCAAGAAAACCAAGCAGGAGAGUACGUCUCCCACUGCGCACCAAGCAUUCUUUAGCAACGAUGACAAGGCAUCGGUGAUGCAAGUUGCCGCUGUAGCGGCUUAUAGUCACGAUCCUGUCGCUUUUGGCCCUUCUAGCCAGGUUCAAGAAGAGCCUCGCCAGGAGGAGACGUCCCUUGGCCUCACCUAUGCAUCACCGCCUGCUUAUCAUGCCGAAUCGGUCGAUGCGAAAGACCCCAAUGCGAUGUCUGUUUCGUCAAAGCCGACCACGUCCUUGGUUUCCCCACCUACGUCGCUGGUCGACGAAAUGGAUGUUACACAAGAUGGCGAGGCACUGACCUCUGUCGAAAGUGAAGCACCGACGCUCCACACACCCAACUCCAGCUCUCGCCACUCUUCGCGUCAGCCCCGACUUGCCGAGCGAUUUGAGCCGGAGGCCACAUUAUCACGACCUUCUAAACCAGCCCCACGGCCGGCACCCACCACCAUGCGCCGCACUACUCCUGGUCCACUUUUGCCAUCUACCAAAAAGCCUUCCUCACGCCCUUCGUCAUCUCAUACGAAGAAAAGCUCACCAAUGGUUGAGAAGCGUUUUGAACGCCACAUGGCAUCCUCAUUAUCUCCCAAUCAAACAAGCAAGCAUAUGAAGGGUCUCAUCGAUGAAGAGAAUACGGAUGCGGAAAGUCUUCGUCUAAUCCGAGAGCUUCAAGAAGAGGAGUUUGGGCUAAGGAGGCGCUCUACUCGUGGUUAG